AUGAAAGCUGUUGAUGAAAUCCGCCGUGAGCUGGGAGAAGAAACGGUGAGCACCGACCCGGACGACAUAGAAUAUCACGCCUUCUCCGACUUUACAGCGACCAACGCGACCGAAAUGCCGAUUGCCGUUGUGCGCCCAGAGUCAACCGAGCAAGUCUCGACCAUUGCAAAGAUCUGCACCAAAUACAGAGUCCCAAUGACGCCCUUUGGCGCCCGAUCCAGCGUCGAAGGCAACUUCAGCUCUCCCUAUUCAGGCGUAUGCAUUGACUUCUGCGAGAUGAACAAGAUUAUCCAGUUCAACCCGCAGGACAUGGACGUUGUCGUCGAGGCCGGCGUCAACUGGAUGGCGUUGAAUGAAGAGAUCAAAGACAGCGGCCUCUUCCUGCCGCCUGAUCCAGGGCCGGCUGCUUACAUCGGCGGCAUGGUGGCCACCAACUGCAGCGGCACGAACGCCAUGAGAUACGGCACAAUGAAGGAUUACGUCGUCAACUUGACGGUGGUCCUGGCCGAUGGCACAAUCAUCAAGACAAGGCAGCGACCGAGAAAGACGUCGGCAGGAUAUAAUCUCAACUCCUUGUUCACGGGCUCCGAAGGCACUCUCGGUAUCGUCACCCAAGCCACGCUCAAGUUGGCGGUGCUGCCGACAAAUCUCAGCAUCGCCACGGCAGCUUUUGGAUCCAUCCAUGCUGCUGCGGCCGCUGCGAAUACAAUGGUUCUUGCUGGUCUGCCCUUGACUGCCUUGGAACUGAUGGACGAGGCGCAGAUGAGGACCAUCAACCAGACCGGAGGAACAGCGGGCAAGAUGUGGGUUGAAGGCCCAACUCUGUUCUUGAAAUUCUCUGGCACCAAGAGCUCCGUCAAGGACAGUGCCCAGGCGGCGCAGGCGAUAUGCCGUCAACACGGCGCCAGCACAUUUGACCAUGUGUAUACGCCAAAAGAGAUGGAUCAGCUGUGGUCAGCCAGGAAACUGGCCAGUUUAGCCCUGGUCGACGCGAAACCGAAGGACGCCUUGAUGUCAGGCACAGAUGUCGCCGUACCCAUAUCCCGCAUGGCUGAUCUCAUAGAGGAGUCCAAGGCGAAAGCAACUGGUCUCGGCCUGACCAACUCCGUGCUGGGACAUGUGGGAGACGGAAACUUCCAUCAGGCACUGUACUUUCGGCCUGAUGAGACGGACAAGCUGAAGGACUGCCUUGAUACCAUGGUUCAGAGGGCAGUCGAGAUGGAGGGAACCGUAACAGAAGGUCUUCUCAAGGAGUUGGGCCCGACGACGGUUGGUGUCAUGAAGGCCUUGAAGGAUACACUUGAUCCGCACUGGCUGUUGAACCCUGGAAAGGUUUUUGACGAGUGA